CUUCGAAGGAUCAGUGAAUCACGAAAUACUGAAUGUUUCGUGUUAACUUCAUUCUUCCAAUUGAUGAUUAUGGCCUUUUUCUAUCUAAGACUAUGGAAUCGUUCAUAUAACCUCGUAUACUUAAACUAUACGAACAAUGAUACUAUGUUUACUACUAAUUGUACGAGUCUGAAAAGACCUUCAUUAGAGACGUCUAUAUUUGUUAUGGAGGUUUUCCUCCUCAUAUUAUAUCAAGUUUUCCAGUUUAAUUUUGCAAUAAAUGCGGUAGUUAAUCAGUACGUAACCCAAAUUAUUGCUAUUGCUGUUAUGAAUGGAAUAGUGUCUUUGUAUGGUUUUGUAG